AUGGUUUUGUUCCUCAGAUUUGGGCCUGCCCUGGGGCUGCUCGCCCAACUAGCCGUGGCCGUGGCCGCCGGAUUUGACAACAUAUCCCCCUUAAUUAGACGACUGUCCCCCGGCGCAGAAGUGUUCUAUCCCUCCGCCGCAAACUGGUCGGAGGUGACUCCGCGCUGGUCGACCAACGAUGCCCCGACAUUCUUCGCUGCUAUAAAGCCAGGAACUACCGGCGACGUGCAAAAUAUCGUCCGCUACGCCUCGAGGUACAACAUUCCGUUCCUUGCCGUUGGAGGAGGCCACGGCUUCACGACGACUUUGGGCGACGUCAAGCAAGGCCUGGAAAUAGAUCUCAGUCCGUUCGAUAAGGUCUCCGUCGACGCUCGAAACAACCGCAUGACGAUUGGUGGAGGGGUGAGGUUUCGAGAUAUCAUGGACCCCCUGUAUGCUGCUGGCAAAGAGAUUCAAACUGGAAGUUGCCCCUGUGUCGGCAUGGUAGGAGCCUCUCUCGGAGCUGGUGUUGGAAAGUACCAGGGCGUCCAUGGACUGAUUAUCGAUGCCUUGGAAUCAGUGAAACUAGUCACUGCUGCGGGGAGCUUGAUCACAGUCUCCAAACAUCAGCAACCCGACCUGUUCUGGGGUAUACGAGGUGCCGGGUUCAACUUUGGAAUCGUCACUGAGGCUACUUAUCGGAUUCAUGACUUGACGAACAAGGGUUCCGUGCUGAAUGUGGAUUUUCUGUUUUCAGGAAGUGUCAAUCAGACCUUUUUCGAGGUUUUGGCAUCCUUUAAUGGCAGAUUGCAUCCGAAGUUGGCCUUAUUUGGAGUACUCGCCAACGAUGCCACUAACGGGCCCUCGAUUAUUCUCAACGCGGUGUACAUCGGCCGUCAAGAGGAAGGUCUUUCCUAUCUCAAACCCUUUCUCGACUUACCCUACCUCCAAAGGAAUAUCACGCAAUUGCCGUGGAACAAGGUGUUUGAUGCGCACAUGUUCGGUGGCAUAGCGGCCACCUGCACCGGCGGAAACCCACAGAAUAACUGGUCCCAGGCGAUGGCCAGAAUCGACGUACCGACGCACGUGGCCUAUUUCAACGCGUUGGCCGAUCUCUGGCGCCAGCAUCCUGCGGCAGCAAAUGCGAUUCUCUCAAUAGAAGUCUUCUCCCCGCGGGCAGCGCUUGCUGUCCCUGACCAGGAGACUUCAUAUCCAUUCCGCGAUACCGGGGUUCAGAUCAUCCUCAACUUCCCUGCCAACGACGACACGGUGACCGACUUUGCAGAGCACUGGGUUCCGCGGUUCGCAGAGACAGGCGGCUUCAACGAGUCGCGGGUCUAUGUGAGUUAUGCCCACGGCGAUGAGAGUCUUGAGAGCAAGUAUGGCGCCAGGAAGCUGCCUCGUCUCUUAAAGUUGAAAAAGAAGUGGGAUCCAAAGGGCCUCUUUAGUUUCAAUAACGGGUUGCCAGUUGUGUAA